UUCGUCUGCAGCAAACGCUUCACCCUCAUGUUGUGUGAAGUUAUAAGCUGGGACUCAGUUUUCAUGACGCCAGAAAAGCUGGGGAAAUGCUGCACACGUAUGUCAGACUGUUCAUGAAAGUCUUCUCGGACACACUUCAUUGCCCAUCCCUUACUGUCGUCCUGUCUCUGGAACGCUGUCCCCUCUGCACUCCAUGUGACUGACACUGCCUCUGUCUCCCGUUCUAGCUCAGGUCACCUCCUCAGAAAGGCAUUUUCUGACCAUGCCAUCUAAAGUAGAAUCCCCCACUUCAUCAUUUUCUGUUUAUUUCCUCAAGAAUUUCUAUCAAAUUCUGAAAUUACCUCGUGUAUUUUCUGCCUUCCUCCCUUGGCAGUAAGUUCCAUGAAAUCAGAGACAUUUUCUUGUUCACUGCAUUGUUGGAGAACUUGUACAGUUGAUUCUGAAAUAUUUGCUGAGUGAAUAGCCAUGAAGUGACAGAGUUAAUGUUUAUCUGACUUCAGAGACUAAAGGCCAAGCAGUCCCCAAUGUUCCAAGAACCCUCUGUAUUUGCCACGGAGCGUGGAGCAGUUCAGGUGCGCAUGUGAAGCACACAGCCUUUCUCCUCCGGCUCACUAGCGACUGAGAAGAUCAACGGUAGCCAAGAAUCCAAACACCCUUUGCCAUGCUGGGCACUUCAAAUAUUCUUUUGUUUUGAGAAAAUUGAAAACAUCAAAAAUUCAUCAGGCAUGUUAUGGAAGAUUAAGCAAAGAUUGCAUCUCAGAUGACAAAAUAAGGGCAGAACUUUCUUUUUAAAAUCCAUAAUAGUAUGUCACCUAUGAAGAUCACUUAAUGCAAUAACUAUUUAUAUAUUUCUACUACUCUGUGUUCAGUGAGUAUACAAAUGGUACUGUGACCUUCAGCGGUUGUUCAGCCACUUGGUUCCAGGUCUCCUAGCUGUAGAAGCGCAAUCGCUGUCGGGGGGAGUUGCGUACCAGACGCUGCGGAGCUGCCCGGCUGGAUCCUCCCGCAGCUCCAUCCUGAGUCCGCUUUCCCGCGGGCCCGUCGUGAGGCAGCUCCUGGGGUGAUGGCAGCGUGGGGGUCCCGGCCCGCAGUCCUGCGCCUCCUGCUCCUCGUCCCGCUGGUUGCCGGGCGCCAGGGUCCGGGCGGCGCACCCGGAGGAUUAGCUGAACCAUUCUUUGUUGCAAAACAUGAAGAUAGGUUGUUUAAGAAUUUAUUCCAAGACUAUGAAAGAUGGGUUCGUCCUGUGGAACACCUGCAUGACAAAAUAAGAAUAAAGUUUGGCCUUGCGAUAUCUCAGCUGGUGGACGUGGACGAGAAAAAUCAGUUAAUGACAACAAAUGUCUGGCUGAAACAGGAAUGGAGGGAUGUAAAGCUCAGGUGGGACCCUGAAGACUACGGAGGAAUCAGGGUCAUACGUGUCCCUUCAGACUCUCUCUGGACCCCAGACAUCGUGUUGUUUGAUAACGCAGACGGACGUUUUGAAGGGGCCAGCACGAAAACCGUCGUCAGGUACGACGGCACCAUUACCUGGACCCCACCGGCAAACUACAAAAGUUCCUGUACCAUAGACGUCACAUUUUUCCCAUUUGAUCUCCAGAACUGUUCCAUGAAGUUUGGUUCUUGGACUUAUGAUGGAUCACAGGUGGACAUAAUUCUGGAAGACCAAGAGGUAGACAAGAGGGAUUUUUUUGAUAAUGGAGAAUGGGAGAUCGUGAGUGCAACAGGAAGCAAAGGGAACAGAACCGACAGCUGUUGCUGGUACCCGUAUGUCACUUACUCGUUUGUGAUUAAGCGUCUGCCUCUCUUUUAUACCUUGUUCCUCAUUAUCCCCUGUAUUGGGCUCUCAUUUUUAACUGUACUUGUCUUCUAUCUUCCUUCAAAUGAAGGUGAGAAGAUUUGCCUCUGCACUUCAGUACUUGUCUCUCUGACUGUCUUCCUUCUGGUCAUUGAAGAGAUUAUACCCUCCUCUUCCAAAGUAAUACCUCUGAUUGGGGAGUAUCUGGUGUUUACCAUGAUUUUCGUGACACUGUCAAUUAUGGUGACGGUCUUUGCCAUCAACAUUCAUCAUCGUUCUCCCUCGACACACGCCGCUAUGGCCCCGUGGGUCCGCAAGAUAUUUCUCCACAAGCUUCCAAAACUGCUCUGCAUGAGAAGUCACGUAGAUAGGUACUUCACCCAGCAGGAGGAAACAGAGAGGAGUAGUGGACCAAAAUCUUCCAGAAACACAUUGGAAGCUGCACUUGAUUCUAUUCGAUAUAUUACAAGACAUGUCAUGAAGGAGAACGAUGUCCGUGAGGUUGUUGAAGACUGGAAGUUCAUAGCCCAGGUUCUGGAUCGGCUGUUCCUGUGGACUUUCCUUCUGGUUUCAGUUGUUGGCUCUCUUGGGCUUUUUGUUCCUGUGAUUUAUAAAUGGGCAAAUAUAACAAUUCCUGUUCAAAUUGGAAAUGCAAUUAAGUGAUGCUUCCCUAGGGGCUGUGGUAGGAAUUCAGUUACCAAAAGGCAUAUACACCUUAUGGUACCUGUAGACUUCUGAAAAUGUCAAUCGUGUUUCAAAUUUUAUGCAAGCUCUAACAGAGUAACAGUUGCUCAUAUCAGUUUAUCUUAAUAGAUGGCCCAUCUGCAUGAGUAAAGUAAUAACUAACUGAAUACCAUUUGGUCUUCUAAAAAUAGCAGGAAAAUAUUAUCUGACGUGUACUAGUAAAACUCUAAUGUUUUUAGAGUUAAUCCAGGCUAAUAAUACUUUGUAAUUUGUAAUAUUUGUAAUCAACAGUGAAGUUCAUAUUUUAAUGCACUGGAAAAUUCCUGUUGUUUUUGAAGAUGGACUUCAAAACUUUUCCUGCAUUUGGUAAAGGUACACAUUUUUAAAUUCCUUCUGUCCCGUAUCUACUGGAGAACAUUUAGUCUCUAUUACAGUGUUAUACCCCUACAUUAGGUAAGCUGACUACUUAGCGUGAUAAUGAUAGAAUAUGAUGCUGAUUUUCUAUAACCAAAAGUUAAAAAAAAUAAAAAAUAGCAAUUGGGAACUCCUUUAAGUCUUACUUUAUUCUUUAGAUACUUAAACUGAAUAAUUAUUAUGUUAUUUUCACAGCUCACUUUCUGUUGUAAAAUCAUACAACAGACCGCUCCUGUGGACAUGCAGUGGCAUAUCUUUAAUAUUAAUUUCAAUCCCCUGUCCACAUUUUCCACAAUUAGAACCAUCUUCUAUACAAAUUGUGGUAACAUCUCUUUAUUCUUCAUCUUAGAAGAAUCCAUAGCGAUUAAGUGAAUCCCAUUUUAAAAACAUGUUGAUGGAUACUACUAAAUGAUUUCUGUGAGAAAAUGAUCUUUCGAAAUUAAAAAUGGUAGUCUAAUUUAGUAUGAGCACAUCAAAUGUUUUACAUACCUGUGAAGUUUCCAUUUUAUCUCUUUCAUUCCAACAUUUACAAUACUAGAAUCUGAGAGUUUCAAGGACCCUUAGAAGUAAUGUAGUCUUAGCCUGUUACUACUUACGUAGUAUAGUAUCAUGGGUCACAGGUAAGCAAGUUAAAUUUCAUCUCUAAAUGUUCCUGAAUUAGCUACGACCAGGAAGAAUACACUGAUAGAACUUUUGCACUUGAUCUAGAACUUUAAGCUCUUGAGAGAACAAAUGCCUUAUUUAUUUAUGGUAUGUUACCCACUUGUGUCCAAAUGAAUGCUUGAAUCUGUCUUUUCUUGUAGAUAGGCAUUUAAUACCAUUUAAUAAGUGAAAGUCUGGUUUUAUUAAUUUACAUUGCCUGUUAGCUAUUUCAGCAUGUAUGAUGUCUGUCCAGAAAAAGUCCUGCCAGGCCUGUCCAGGAAAAGUCUAGCCAUCAAGAAUGUUUGCGCUACAUUGAUGUAAGCUG